AGUUUGUAUUCCCGCCUUUAAGCUCUUCAACAGAAGAAGAAAGAAGCGGAUACGUCAUAAUACGCGCUAGCACAGUUUAUAAGAUCUAUACGUCAUAGACUAACACAAAUUGUCUCAAGCGUAUAGUUUGCAAAUCAGCACAUAUGGGCGGAUCUCUAAUGGAGGACGUCAUGAGCACCGCCCAAGCUGUCAUGUGAUCUCGCUGUUGACGUACACUGUGGGACGUUGGCGCGAUUUAAUCCAAACCCGGGAGCUGCUCGUUCGUGUGGUUACACAUUUUUUCACCUUUAGAAAUGUCCAAACACCAAACAUACAGACACGAAAAUGAUUACAAGACUGAGGAAAGCGGGAACAAAGACCCUUCAAGAUGGUCCCAUUGUAGGAAACGCGGAGCAGAUGGUAGUUUGAGAAGAUCACAUGGUGAUGAAGAGUCUGGCAAAGACCAAAGAUCACAGAGCUCACGCAGACCAGACAUUUUUACAACCCCUGAGAGUGAAGGACCUGUGUCCAGGAUAAAGAACUGGGGCGAUGAGGUGGAGGCAGAGGAAAUGCGUAGAAGUGUCCGUUGCGACAUGCAUCGCUAUAGAAGAAGGAUUCUCGCUGCAGACUUUCCUCAGAGAGAUAGAAAAACCUCGUCUGGAAGUUCGGACUCCAGAGACUCACGAGACUCCAAAGACUUUUCUGCUAAAGGUGACAUGGAGACAGAUGAGGCCACACUCAUGAGAAGACAAAAACAGAUCAACUAUGGGAAAAACACUCUCGCCUAUGACAGAUACAUAAAAGAAGUGCCCAAGCAUCUGAGACAGCCAGGUAUCCAUCCAAAGACUCCAAACAAGUUCAAGAAAUACAGCCGGCGCUCCUGGGAUCAGCAGAUUAAACUGUGGCGGGUCCGUCUUCACAAGUGGGACCCCCCUGCCGAAGAGGGAAGUGAGCUGCAGCAGAUAGAUGAGCUUGACCUUGGGGAAAUCAUGGAUUUUGAGUUGGAUGUGGAGUGUUCAGCGAAUACAGAGACUGAGUCACAGAAUCCAGCAUCCAGUGGAGUAUCGUUGUCUUUGCCAGAGGACUCGUUUACAGGAACUCCUAAAAAGAUGAUGAAAAUUGAGGAUGCUGAAAUGUUGUAAGCACCUUCAUCAAAAUCCUGAUGCUCUACGAGAGAACUGAGCAACUGAACUGUUUUAAUACACUGUUCGUAUCACUGUUCGUUUUUGAUUGUUAAUGUACAGUUCUUCUGACAGGUUAUGGUGUUUUUUGAUAACACAGGUUUUGCCAACUUCUUCAAGAGAAUGUUUGUCAUUAUCACUGAAUACAAAAUGUUUACCCCACUUACUACUUUUAGCUCUUUGCAAAAUAAAAUGUAAAUGUGUAUAUUUUUAAAUUGAUUAAUUUUGUACGGUAGUAAACCUUUUGAUGCUCCGUGGACAUCCACUUUUUAUUUAUCAGUCAAAUUUCUUUUCUUUUUUCCUUCUUCAAAUUUAUUAAAUUUCCAGUGUUAUAAGUGUAUGGUUUUAGGUGUUGUUUUUUUUAUAUUGCUUUUGUUGAUUGUUAUUCAUUUCUAUUUAACUGGGAAAAUAAACAUUAAGUUGGAAGGACCCAAUAGUUGUCAUUUCAGUGCCUCACAUUGUACAUAGAUUGUAAUUGUACAUUCGUUAUAUAGUAGAUGCUGUAUAAUGUGUUAAUUUGGCUUUGCAUCAUGUUAGUGUCUUGUUCAUAAUGUUAGAGCAGAAAGGAGUAAGACUGUUGUAUUACAAAAUUACCAAAGAUGCAAGGAUGUUUCAAGACCUUAGAAUCAAAUUGAAUAAAAAAAGAAAAAACCUUUUGUACAAAGGA